GGUUAUAUUUGGUUAGCUAUCUUAUGCUAACUACUUAGGUUGUUAAACUUGACGUUUUGCCUCUUCACGCAUUGUGGACUUCGGUUAGAGAAGCCGUCAAAAUGCGAGCUCAAAUUGAGGUUAUUCCAUGUAAAAUCUGUGGCGAUAAGUCCUCCGGGAUCCAUUAUGGUGUCAUCACCUGUGAAGGCUGCAAGGGUUUUUUUCGGCGCAGCCAGCAGAACAAUGCCAUGUACUCAUGUUCCCGACAGAGGAACUGCCUGAUUGACCGCACCAAUCGCAACCGCUGCCAGCACUGUCGCUUACAGAAGUGCCUGGCUCUGGGCAUGAGCCGAGAUGCGGUGAAGUUUGGCCGCAUGUCUAAAAAGCAGCGUGACAGCCUAUACGCAGAGGUGCAAAGGCACCAGCAGCUGGCACAGGAGCCCGAAGAGGUGAUCGAGGAAAGAGACAGCGGGCUCAGCCGCUCCUACAGCAGUACCGGCUCCAGCACCACUCUCAGUGACCUAGACGACAUUACCACCCUGCCUGACGGUCUGCUUUUCGACCUGCCGCUCACACCAGGUGAGACAGCUAAGUACUGCACCCUGGAUCUGCUGGAGGGUGAGGCAGAGUGUGGCGUGGAAAGCACCGGGAGCAGCAGCUCAUCUAACCAGAGCUCUCCAGAACCUACUAUCCUGGAUACGGUGGAGACAGGGCGGGUGAAGCACGAGUACGAGUUGCUGCCUGAGCCAAGCCUGCUCACACACACCCUGCUGGGGGCGCUGUUCGAUGACUGCUCUAUUUUUGAUAUAGAGCGGAUCACUCAGAAUGUGGUGAAGUCCCAUAUGGAGACAAGUCAGUACAGCACUGAGGACUUAAAACGACUCACCUGGAACCUAUACACACCCGAGGAGACCCGCUCCUUUCAGCUGAAGUCUGCUGAGUGGAUGUGGCAGCAGUGUGCCCUGCAUAUCACCAACGCUAUCCAGUAUGUGGUGGAGUUCGCCAAGCGCCUCAGCGGCUUCAUGGAGCUUUGCCAGAAUGACCAGAUCAUUCUGCUUAAAGCAGGCUGCUUGGAGGUCCUGCUGAUCCGCAUGUGCCGUGCGUACAACUCCAGCAACAACACCAUGUUCUUCGACGGCAAAUACGCCAGUCCUCAGCUCUUCAAAGCAUUAGGGUGUGAUGACCUGGUGAAUGCCAUCUUUGAAUUGGCCAGGUGUCUGUGUCGUCUGCAGCUGAGUGAAGAAGAGAUGGCCUUGUUCAGUGCUGCUAUUUUGCUUUCACCUGACCGCCCAUGGUUAACUGAUGGUCAGCAGGUGCAGAAGCUACAGGAGAAGGUUUAUCUAGCCCUGCAACACAGUUUGCACAUGGGAGGAGGUGGACAGGAGAAACUAGACAAGAUGGUGUCCAAGCUGCCGCAGCUGAAGUCAAUCUGUAACCUCCACAUUGACAAGCUGGAGUUUUUCCGACUGGUUCACCCAGAAACGGCCUACAGUUUUCCUCCUCUGUACAGGGAGGUGUUCUGCAGUGAGAUCAACUUUCCGGACUCCACUAACAGUUAGAGAGGGAGCUGGAGGGGAGGGUGGAGAGAUGGUGGAAGGAGAAGGAGAUGUUGUUGUGCGGUAAA